AUGGGCGGCGGUCAUUACGAAGCUCCCCGCGUAGCUACACGUCAGGAAAUGGCAGACGCCAAAGUACCACUGCACUACCGUGACACGUGUGCGGGCCUCCUGAUCCCUCUGAACAAGUGCCGACGGGCCACGUUCUUCCUCCCGUGGAAGUGUCAGGACCUGCGUCAUGCCUACGAGAAGUGCCAGUACGAGGAGUGGAAGACUCGCGUGGAGAUUCUUAAGAACCAGGACUAA